AUGAAUUCAAUUAACUAUCAAUACAAGAGGACGGAUGAUCCACAUAAGAUUAUAUUUUCGGAACUAACAUCAUUGAAUAAUGAUCCUUCAAACAUACAUGAAGUAUCUGUCUCCUUGAGACACAAUGCAUCUCUCACUAAGACAGAACAAAGAUUAACUGGAUAUGCUCGUAUGGAUGGUAGACCACGGGUACUGAAAUCUAUCAACAGGGAAGAUUUUCUUUAUAGACACUUUCCCAAAGAUGUUCUAUCCAAUAUAGGAAUUGUUGAAGACCUUAAGGUAAUGUUCACAUUUCCCAAUAAUCUUAUAUUCUUCCUUAUCGUCUCCUCAUUCCUCUUUCUUUUCAUAUAUAUAAACUAAUCACAUCUAUAAUAGAAGGUCAGAAAACAAUUUCAAAUCCAUGGUUACACUGAGAAAGGCAAAAUAUUUUCCACAGAUGCAUACCUCGACAGAACCAAUGCUCGGAUCAUUCCCGGGGCAGAUCUCAUGGUUGAAAGAUUAUCUCGAAUCGGAGUUCAAAUAAUAGAAUCUUGUUUGACUAAGAAAGCACAGCAGAUGUUCCAUGAGAGGGCUAUUUCUAAGUCAUCUUUGUGUGUUGGAAAUGAAGAAAACCGAUACCUAAGUACAAUUCGAAUAACUCCGAUUAAUUCAUUCUCAAAUAUAAACACAAAUACAAAUAUUCACAGGGUUCAUGACGACGAUCCUUGCCUAUUCACAAUUCGAAGUAUGAUAUAUCUUUCCUUUACCUAUCUCUAUUGUAUCUAACUCUUUCAGUAAACCUUGGCUUGGAUGAAGAGGGAAGAUUUUCAGGUAGAAUAUGUCUUCCAACUUUUAAAGAAUAUUGUGAUACGGAGCCAUUUACCGCAUUGGUAUUCAAAAGGACUUUACCGUUUUUCGAGAUACAAGGAACCGAACCGAUUCAUGAUGGUAACAUACGAGGAGUGUUUAAUGUCAACCCGAUAGAGCAAGGAUUCAUAAUUGAGAUGUCGCCUCAUCGCAGACUGAUGAACUCAUCAUACGAGUUGGGAUAUCCAAGAAGUAUGUCACAUCCUUUAAUUGUCUUCGGGACAUUCCAGAAUUACAGUGAAUGGUUGUUUAGACUUGCAAUCAUUGAAAGUAUAGGACGUGAAUCAAGAGGGAAUUUUGUUCCAAUAGACAUCACUCUCGAAACUAUCGCCCAUAUGUGUGGUUAUCAAAUUGGUACUACUACAUUUUUACCACGUCUAUCCCUUGCUACUACGAUACUUCAAUAUCCGGAUCGAUCGUUGGAAGAAUGGAAUACAUUUUCUCAAUCUAUAAAGGUAAAAACCAUUUUUCCUCCAUGUGAUCGUUAGCUCAUAAAAACAUAGGAACUUCAUCGUAUGACCAAUUAUCGAACGAUCGAUGUCGAAGAUCCAAAAUCAUUAAGCCUUGAUCCACAGCCAAUUUCAUGGAUACCGGAUUUACUCUCGACCUCGAGUAAUUCUCGUGGUGAUCGUUCCCUUGAUCAAUCUACACAAGGCCCAGACAAAUCGCCACUUAGCAGAAAUGCGAUGAAUGAAGUGGGAAGUGGAGCAAUGCAAGCUAGAUCUUUGCAAAAAUCAUCAAGGCAACCCGCAAGUAACAGCACAAGAACCAUUGAUAGACUUGUACAUUCAGAAAAGUUAGCUCUCAAUGGUGCUCGAGAAGGAUUGAAUAUAGCCGCUUCAUCUCAAAAAUUGCCACAGAGUUCGUCACAAUCUAUCUCGGCGGAAGUCCACUCAUCGGCACGUCAAUUAGUACCAUCCGCUCACAAUGACAACCUCGCAGAGAGAAACGAAAGAAUGACAGAUUCAAUAUCUCUUAGUAUUUCCACAUCCCACCCAUACAAUGGAUUUACCUUCAAACCACCUGAAUGGAACCCCCCUAAUGGAUUAACUGCAGUACUAAAUAAACAAAUUAUGAAACUUUUUGACAUUGAGAAAUUGAGAGAAGCCACUGGCGCCACAUGCCAUCAAACCAUUCAGCCUACAACAAAUGAUGCAGAUUUGAAGGAACAACUCAGCAUCCAUAUACAAGUUCUGGACGAAAAUCAUUCGGUUUUUAAUGAUUAUUUUCAUUUGGUUAGUCGUUCGGCCAUUUGUUCCAUAAUUCAACAAGCCCCGCAAUUAAAGAAAGAGGUUUAUGAUCAAAUCGCUAAAUCAGAUGGAAGGCAACGUCUUCGGUUUGGUAUAUCAACCAAAGCAAUGGAGGUUGACACCUUCUGGAAAGAUUUUUCUGAUAGGAAUGCAUUGGUAUGCGAGAUGUCACUUCAUAUCGGUACCCAUAUACUUCUUGCCCCUGGAUUCUAUUCACUUAUCUUGACAGCCGGUGGUAAUAGUCCUGGAAGUAAUUCAGCUGUAAGAUCACCCCUUCAACCAGCUAUGAGGUAUAAGAUUGUUGAAGCAUGUCUAUGGCAUUCCAAACGCCACCCAGUCUAUAUGGGGGAGCUAAAAUCUUUCUGGAUGUCAUCAUUUACAAAGUUUCAUUCACAUAUCAAUGAUGAAGCCAAAAUAUUGAAGCUACCCCAACAUAUACCCGACAUCAUUCCUUCUAUUGGAUCUUGCUUCCCUCAAGCCUUUAAUAUCCUUCAUGAAAUUAUAUCCCAUAUAUUCGAUACAUUGAAAUCGGGAAAGAGAAAUGAAGAUUUCAUUUGGGGUCGUACUUAUGAGACUGAUCGUCUGGGUUGUCUAAGGGAAGCUGGGGAUUCCUUGAGAUCUCUUUCUAAAGCCAAAUUGGAUAGAAGAGAUAAUAAGUCUAUGAAUGCAGAAGUAGUCUUCAGAAAUAUUCUAUGUAUCAGGACUUUGUUUUUCGGGAAUAUCAAAAAGCUUCGAAGAUGGAAAAGAUUUAUACAUCCAGAAGAGAUUGAGAAUCUUAUUUUAACUUCAUUACCCUUUGAAGAGUUCUAUAGACAAUCUCGAAUAUAUAAUCAAUUUCAAUUUCCUGUAACCUUCCUAGAGUUUCAGGCACGGAUCAAGAGUUGUUGGAAUGUUACGUGGCCUUUACCAAUUACUUCAAAUAUUCCAGAUUGGUCUCAGGUUCACUCAGUUGCAUCUAAUACAGAUUUUGCUGGAGGUAUGAUAAGAUCUCUUGUCGCUAACGAUAUGUCAAGAUUUGGUUGGUGUAUGAAUCCUACUUCAGGAGAUUGGUCAUUACUUUUGAAUCCAUCUUCCUUUUGGUCCGCCUUGAAUGAGUUAUUCCCUGAUGUUGAAAGAACCCAUGGUCCUGGUCAACGAUUUGUUGACCCAUCAUUAGCAAAGAUCGUUACUGUUUCAAUAUCAACAAGUUUAGAAUCAGAAGUAAAGGAAUUUAUAGGGUUUGAUCAUAUAUUCGUAGAACAUUUACUUGGUUAG